ACAAGCAAAGUAUCAGGUAUAAAUAAACUGCCGCAUACAUUCUUCUACAAAAAGCCCUCGAUGUCACUUGAAAUCCAGCAGGACUACACCUUGAAGCAGAAGAAGUCAAGAGGUUCUAAAUAUAGACUAAACAAAUCUAAACCCUAAGACUAUGCUAAGAAUAGACAGCGUUGAUCACUCUAUUAAUGAGCCACAAAUCAUGAGCACAAAAUGAAUGAUGUCUCAGCCACAUUACUUAUUCCGUAAGAGGAAGAGUUUGAAGAUGAUAUCGACUAGGAACACUUUCACAAGGUCCAAAACUCGCAGGACUUCUCCAAAGACAAGCAAGUUCAGCCCCCGGUCAGUGAUGAACCUUAAAUCCAAGGAGAUUCUGUACAAAUCCUUCUUGAAAGAGUUUAGAGCGGCGACCGAGGGCUAUGGGAGAAAUCUCUCUAAAGAUGAUUUAGAGCAUAUCUUGAAC